GUUCGCCACGAAGACAACAAAAUCACGGUUUUAUAAGAGAUGGGGUGAAAUUUCUUAAUUUGGGGUUAUUUUCCUCCGCUAAAUUGCCCAUUAUACGAUGCAGGGGAUAUGGAGCUUGAUAGGAAAGAUUGGAACUGGUGCUGCACAAAAUUUUCCUUAUGAAGUCGGUGAUAAAGUGGGAAAUCUAGAGGACAAAUCCGUGUGGGCACUGCAUGAAGGAAAAAAGAAAGUAAGCUGUGGUUUAGAUGACCGGAAAUUAUUUAACAGAAGAAUGAGCAUUAACUUACAAUACCUUGUUGGUUGUUUUUAAGGGCACUGGAGAGAUCGUGUCAGUGUUCGUACAUGAUGUAAAGUCAUCUUCAGAAGAUAAGGUAAUAAUCAACGGGGACAGGCAUUUGGGGUAGACGGAGGAUAGAAUUUAAUCAUAGAAUUGUGACUUUUGUGUCAGCAUUACUUUCCUAUUCAUAUAAAAGACAUGUCAUGGGAGAUUGCAUACUGAACAAGAUAAAUUUUCCUAUAAAAAACAAAUGUUGCUUUGCCCAAGCAUAGGUUACCCAUAUCAGCCUCCCAGAAACCAGUGUUAGGAUUGAAGUGAGUGAUCUACACCGUAGAUCCUCCUCUGUUUGCCUGUACGUUUUUAUUACUAACUAGCCCAUGUUUUUUUGCUUCAAUCAAUGACAAAAUUGUUGAGACACUCUUCUCAAAUGGGGUGACUUCUGAGAACGAAACAAUCCACACACCUCCCCCCUCCUUUAAUUCCAUUCAAAGUUGGCACGAGUAUGGUUCCCAAGUGACAUACAGGUACAUGUUGUUUGAACAGCAGCUCAGCAUUGCAUGGAGGGAGUGGGGAAGGGAAAGCUUAAUUUUCCCCUUUCUAAUGCUGCAUAACAUCAACUAAUUUCGUCACCCGAUUGUGUGGGUCCAGAAAAUAUCCAGACCCCCCCCCCUCUUGGAAAUUCGAGGGGGUAGGGGGGUCAGAGGCCCAGGAAAUUCCAGAGGGGAGGGGAGUUGGACAAUUUAAUCACUUUCCAGAGGAUUAAUAUCAUUUCGUUUUUGCUUCUUACCAACCUGGUAGAUCAUUCUUAGGACAUAAAUAACUUGAAAUAUAUCAUUUAAGAUUGUUCCUUUUGAUCUUAAUCAGGUUUUCUUUCUUCCAAAAGCAUUUUGGAUGCAAUUUUCAAAGGAAUUUGACCAACUACAACUCAUUUUAUUGCAUGCUCAUACAUUUGGCCACCAUUACUCGUUACCAGUCUCCCGAACUGAGCUGAAGCCCAAGGGUCAAUUUAAUUUACCAGUGCAUCCUUUCUGUCAUUAUUGUUUUAAGGUUCAAACUGCCAAGGUAGCCCUCAGAAGACUGAAAACUCUUCGUCAUCCUAAUAUUCUACGAUUCAUAGAUGCUCUUGAGGUAAUGGUAAAUAACAAUUCAAAUCACUUUUAUAAUUUACAUAGACUUAAGUUAGAAUAAACAUCACAGGGCACAGAGGGGUUACUUUUAGUGAGCUUGAUUCCAGUUACAUAUAAAUGUUACAGUUGAUAGCGACUUGGCCGAUCAAUCCAUCAUGUGAUUCCUUUUACAAGUCUGAUAAAAUAUUAUCCAAUGCUCCAGAAAUACAUUAUACAUUUGUAUAUGUUAUGGUUCAUUUUUUUUUCCAGUUGAAAUAUUAUCCAGUGCUCCAGAAAUGUUUUUUUUGUUUGUUUGUUUGUUUGUUUUUUUCCAGUCAGAGACAGUAAUUUACUUGGUGACAGAGCCAGUGAGACCACUGGAAGUACAGCUUAAUGAAGAAGAAAAGUCUGAUCUUGCUAUAUCUUGGGGGUUACAUCAGAUAACAGUUAGUAUUAUUCUAAACAGAUAUACCUGAUUCAGAUAAAGAAGAUCUGCCAAAUCAGCAGAAGUGUUAUACAGAAAUAUAAAUAUAUAUUGAACAAAUAAUUCCUGACCCAGACCAUUUCUUCGGCAGCUUUUUUAUUUAGGUCUUUGAGGCUAAGUUUAUUAGCUGUCUCUUCUAUACAUUAAAGUUAAUUUUCAUAUCGCAAGUUUUUUUUAAACAAGCUAAAUCUGCUUCUAAACCACAAUACGCCCAUUAACAUAACAGCUUUCUUUUGCCUUAGUAUGGUUUGUGUGCUUAUUCUGUUAUUGCUAUGAUUUUUCAUUUAUUAGCAGAUGUAUAAGUUGUUUUAAUUUGUUGUUUUAGGCAGGCCUUAGUUUUCUUACAAAUGACUGCAGCUUAAUUCAUGGAAAUGUGUGCAUGGCAUCUGUGUUUGUGGAUGUGGCAGGAGAAUGGAAGCUUGGUGGAGUGGAAUAUCUUAAACCUGUAGAGCCAGCUCCUAACAGCGAGGCGGAGCCUGAUCUUCCUCGACUACCAGUUUUACAGGUCUAUGAACCUCCUGAGGGGAGGAAGUUUAGUAAAGCUAACAAGAGGAUUGAAAAAUGGUGAGCUGUUGUGCAGUUUAAUGCUCUUGUAUUAUAAUAUUAUAUGUACUGCUGGCACCGGUUGUUUAAAGGAUGGAUAGCGCUAUCCAACAGAUAAAUCACUAUCCACUGGGUAGGAUUAUGAAAACCAAUUGUGUUAUCAACACUGGAUAGAAAUUUAUCAAGUGGAUAGUGUUAUCCACCUUUUAAACAACUUGGGCCUGUUCUUAUGUAAAUAAAGGUACUAAGAAUGGCCAGUUACCUUAAUCUGAAAGCAAGGACUUAUUUUCUUGCAGGUCAGCAGAUAUGUGGGGUCUUGGCUGUUUAAUAUGGGAAGUCUUUAAUGGUUCUUUGUCCAGGACAGCUUCCCUCAAGUCUGUUGGUAAAAUUCCAAGGAAUCUUGUACCAGAUUACGUGCAACUUGUUGGAGCCAAUCCUAAAAGCAGACCAAACCCUGCAAAAUUUUUGCAGGAUUGCAGGAGUGAUGGACACUAUCUUAAGAACAGCUUUGUUGAUGCCAAUUUAUUCUUACAAGAGUUGCAGGUUUGUUUUUUACCUACAUGUAUUGUUUAGGUUUUUACAUUAUAUUUGGGCAAUGGUGUAAUUUCUCUCAAAUCGAGGCCCUGGAUAAUUUUUAUGUAUUUACACAUGCAUACUCAAUCAAUUCAGAAACAAAACGUCAAUUAGGAUAUAAAAUGUAAAUAUCAUGAAGAAUACUUGACCGCAGGACAUGGAAAACUUUUAGCAAGGAAAUCCUGUUUCAUGAAGAAUUAAUUCCUCCUCACGCUUCUCUCAUGGCCCUCUCUUGUGCUCAAAAUCCCUUUUGCCUUCCCUUUCGAACGUCUGUCAUGCAAGCUACAAACAAGCUCAACUUAACAUUUUUACAAGCGUUCUUGUUUUAUCAUGGACCCCUGCAUAAUAAUAAAAUGGCAGUAAACUGAAGAAUAUUCUUUGCCUUGGCCUAGUAGUAAAAUGUAAUCAAAGGACCUUGAUCAAUUUAUUAUCAAUAAUUAUUAUCAAUAAUUAUUUCUCCACUCAUCUUUCUUAUAAAUUAUUGUACAUCAUGUGCAUGUAGCAUAAUCAUCUAAGAUGCAAAAUAUCAGUAAAAUAAUAGUGCAGACUGACGAUACUGCUAAUUUUGUCAGUUGACUUUUGAUAAUAAUUAUUUGUAACUUAUAGUAAGUUACAUGGUAUUUGUUACAUGGUAUUUGAAUAAUAGUGGUGAAUGAUAUGUAGAUGCAUUUGCAUGACUGAUUCUUAACUGUACUGUGCAAUUUCUAUUCUUACUGUAGAUUAAAGAGCACAAGGAACAGAAAACAUUCUUCUCAUCCCUGAGUUCAUCACUGGAUUCUUUUCCUCAGCAAUACUGCAAACACAAAAUCCUUCCACAGCUGCUUAAUGCUUAUGAAUAUGGAUCAGCAGGCAGUGCUGUGCUUGGACCACUCUUCAAAGUCAGUAAUCUAUUUCCCUCUAUAAAAUUAUAUUCACCUGAAUCAUUGUAAACUCCAAGACAAAAAUUGUUUAGGAAAUGUAAGGGAUUCAAAACCUGUUAAGUUUUGUUUUAAAUUCUUGGCAUCAUAGGUUGGUAAAUUAUUGGACACAGAUGAAUACCAACAGAAAAUAGUGCCAUGUGUGGUCAAACUAUUCUCAUCAACAGACAGAGCUACACGUAUCCACUUACUACAACAGGUAUAAACAAGUUUGUUUGCAAUUCUGCUCCUGUUUUACUUUGAUUACUUACAUGUAGCAAAAAAGAAAAAUGAUAUUAUUAAACUAAAAUGGUAAAGGUACAAGUAAAAUAUGUGUAAAAAUAUUUGUUUCAGCUUGACAACUUUGUGCUGCACCUGAAGCCAUCAACUGUGGAUGAGCAGAUCUUUCCUCAUGUUGCUCUGGGUUUUGGAGACACAGUACCAGCCAUGAGGGAACAAACAGUUAAGGUAUAAAAUAGCCCAGCCUGCCAUGUUGCUGAUUUUGAUGAUAAAUUUUGCCUUAGAUUUAGAUGGCCCAAACUUGCUCUACUUCAAAAUACAUACUGGUUAUUGAGCACUGAGUACAAGCAAAAUGAAAAUGUCAUUGAUUUUAGUGUUUGAUUCCUUACAGUCAAUGCUACUUCUUGCCCCAAAAUUGAGUGAGAAGACAAUCAACAAUCAACUACUGAAAUACUUUGCCAAACUUCAAAUGGACCAAGAGGUAGUGUAUUUAGUUAAUAUUAUCUUCUAGUUUUUCAGAACUGAGCUCUGGCCAGUUGUUUAUCAUUUUAUAACUAGUUGCAAAUCAGACCAAGAGUUUCACACCAGUUUUCCAACUGUCAAUAGUGAAUAUCAAUAGUUAGAAAAUUUUUGUGUUCUGCAUUUUAUUUUAGCUCUAAUUAGGUUUGUACAGAAUGUAGUUGUAUCUUCAAAAAUUUAAGCAAUACAUUGUCAAGAUUAAAUUCUUGAGCUAAAAUUUUUGUCUUACUUGUCACAGGCUGGCAUUAGAACAAACACUACAGUCUGCCUGGGAAAAAUUGCUGUCAGCCUUCCACCAGCUGUAUGUACUUUUAUCGGUAGUUUUAAACUGAUUAUAACAUCCUGCAUUGUUGGCAGUUUUGUUAUUCAAGCCUGGGGCUAAUGAAAUGGGCGGACGGUACAGUGUUUCUCAUUGUUUCCAGCCAUUCUCUUUUCAGCUUGACUUCUCACUCACCCUCCCCUCCAUGGUUCCUCACCAACAAAACCACCAGCUAUGCCAGCUAAAAUUAUUAUAAGUUUUUGUAACUCCUUAUUUUGUGGACUAAGAACCUAAUUUAACAAUUAGUUGCCCUUUGGAAAAAGUCGAGUUUUUAUUUGAAUAUCAGUGUAUUCAACACACGGUGCAAAUUAAGUACACAAGUUUUUACAUGUCCUGCUGGAGACGGGACCGCCAUUUCUACGGGAUCAGUCAAGCGGAAGGUGUAGCCGUUUACAAAGCAUUUGUGUAGGUAAAAUGUACUACCAUUGUCCUCAUUUGUUGUGAUUAUUGUGUCCUGCGUGAAGCUGCUGCAUCUCGUUUUCUUCGUAGUAUGAUUUAAGGCCUUGUUUUCUUUCUUUACUAUAUACCGUUUAGACCCAACAUUAUGUUAGAAUUAAUCUCGCUAUAUUUUGGCCCCUGCUUAUUUAGUUGGCUCUUGUUAAACAACCCUAAAUAUAACAAAGAAACAUAUUAAUUAGUCAAAAAUGGACUAUCGACACAGGAUCCCCUUUUUUUUGCAGACCCGUCAAAAGGUGUUGAUCCCUGCGUUCUUGCGUGCUUUGCGAGAUCCUUUCCCCCCGGCCCGCACAGCUGGCGUGAUGGGCUUUCUUGCUUGUGUGGAGUUUUUCAGUUUAAAGGACUGUGCUGUUAAAAUAUUACCUGCUUUAUGCAGCCUUACGAUGGACACAGAACGCAAAAUCAGAGAUCAGGUAAAUAAUACUGUAAAAACGUUUGAUUCAUCAGAGUAUCCAGCAAGGCGGGGGCAGUAAAACAAGCACAUAGUCAGUCUAUCACUCCGUUCGGGAUGAAACUCAAUGGUUUUCACAGAGAAAAAGGAAAUGAAAUGGUCCAGAUCUGUGCUUAACAUGAUGAGUUACAGACCCGGAUAACCUUGUUCCUUAGAACUUGUUGAUACCGGUCAAACUUUGAAUUUUCUUUCAGUAGCGUUUUAUGUUGUUUUCUCCUUAAAGUUGAAACAAACCGUGAGUUAGUAGUAGUCGUAACGUAACUCUUGUUCGUCAAUACAUUUUGCGUAUCUAGUGAGUAGAGAAGUCAACAAUAAUUGAAUUACAGCUACCAGGUUAUAACGCGUAGUUUAGUUUAGUUUUAGUUGAUUUCACCACAAAAAAGCAAAAGAUGCAUUGAAGCAAUGUGGUGAGGAAGACCAAAAAGAAACCAUAAGCCUUAUAGGUUUUGGGCUCCCUCAGAGUAUAAAAGUACAAGUUUACAAGGCCAGGAUCGAGUGUAUACUAAGCAAUCACAUGACAUUGAUAACAAGUGGAUAACUAAUAUAAAUAUGUAUAAAUAAAGUAUAGUAACAAGCGUAUAACCCAAAUAAAGAUUGAUAGUUUGUUAAUUGUUAAGAAAUAGUGCUUUGGUUUCUGUUUCAUGCAGUUCGUUCCAUGUGUCUUUUGUGUGUUUAUGUGUGCGCAGGUCUUCAAAGCGAUAAAGCUUCUCCUUGGUAAGCUUGAGAAAGCCUCAGAAGAUCCUGAGUCGGCCAUGAACCAGGCAGCAGGUAUGUCUCACAGCUAUGACGUUAUCGACGCUAAUAUAUUUCACCGCAAAUUAAUGUGAUUUCACCGCAGAAAAACGGAUACUACUCAAAUCCCACCGCAACGAAAUUAACAUCCCACCUAAGGCGUAAGUGAAUUAUCGAUACUCUUAGUUUUUAUUUUCUUCGUGCCCCAACAGUGUGGUUACAAGACGUUCAGGCAGGUUGAUCCAGUUGUUAUCCUCAUACUCUUGUACCUUCCAGGGAUCCUGGCUCAUUUUUUUUUCAAUGAGGAAGUAAUUUUACCUUUCCAUCUCUAGUUGCAGAGCAAACUCCUGAUUCAGCAGCUACUGGGGGUUCGUCUUGGACAGGUUGGGCUGUCACUUCACUGACAUCCAAACUCUACCGGGGAGGGAGUAUUCCUGCUGCUGGGGCUCCUGAACACGCCAAAACAGUUGACAAGGACAAAAACCUAGGUAUGACUAAGUACAAUGCCAGUCCAAAGACCAACCCAGUGUGUUUUUCCCGAUCAGCGAUUGGUUCUAGACCCUAGAAUCGUUCUUGCAAAAUAUUCUGAACACACCUGCAAUCAUCGUCAAAAUUGUUAGAAAACAGUCUUACCCUUCCAUUUUCUGCAAACGCAAGAGCAAAUACAACAUCACCCCCACCCCCGCCCCCUCCUCCGCAUGUCCAAAUGUUCUUGUACAUGUAAAUUAGCAUCGAUAUGUCAUAUCUUGGCCGGGUUCUUUGCCAUUUCAUCACAAAUUGAUAUCAAACAAUCAAUCUCAAGGGAAUAAUAAGAAGCAAUGAUAAGAUUUUUAGAUUACCUUGCUAUUUAGAUUCAACAUCAGUCAGCAAAACAUCAACUGAAAAUCGUCCUGAAGACACACAACCUACAAAAAAUGAAAAGAAUGAAGACUCAGGCAGUGAUUACGGAGGGCAGUGGAGUGAGGACGAGUGGAAUGAUGCACAGGUAAAAAUUUCUCCCCAGAGACUCCUCUCUUUGUUUUGUUUUGUUUUCUUGUUUUUUGGGGGUUUUUUUUUUUGCUUAUUUACUCUUUUAGAGAAAGGUGCUAUAUUUUGGUGUAAAAUCGCCAUAACCUUGUAUCUCUUGCAAUUGAUUUCUGCUUUAGGGAUCUAGUGUCUCUGAAAGACACAAUCAGUUUAAAUUUAGAUUUUUUUUUGACUUUUUGAGUUAAACAGCACAUCUCGUAUCGCUUCUUUUUCCAUCCGGUGGUAUUAACCAGUAAUUUUUUAUUAUACUUGAGUUGCAUACCCUUACGACAAUGCAUUGAGUGUGUAAAGCCUAAAACCCCAAUUUUUCUCUUUUCUUUUGCUAGCCCGACCCAUCUAUUGAUGCAAACGGCUGUUAAGGCUUUUUUUAAUGUCUAUUUUUUCAGGAACCGGACAUAGACGAUCUAAAGAGCGACCUUCUGGCAGCGAAAGAGGAAAUUUCUCAGUUUCAGAAUACAAAGAAAAAACCGGUAUGACCACUCAGGAAACAGCCUAUGCCUUCGGUAUCAUUUAAAUCAAGAUUGCAGCUAAAGAGAAAUUGUAGUGUAUGAAGUCUGUAUUUUUUUUGUUUAUACCCAGUCCCUUAGACGAUCUGCAAAUCUUGUGGCUGAUUUAGACGGAGGAGAGAGUGGUAGCGACUAUGGUGACUGGGAGAAUGAUAACUGGUCUAUGGAUAGCUUUGCUGUACCGUCUGUAACGAGAAAGACAACACAAAACAAACCACAACAGAUCGCUAAGGUAAGAGAACAAUGAAGACCUUUGGGUGCACGUACCGCUCAAUUAACUCUUGAAUUCAAAAGAAGACGCAUAUUCUCUUUUUGCUCCACCAGCCUUACUGUCAAUUGACUGUCACUAUAACCUCUCUGAGUGCGUUAGUUGUUAAAUUGCUCUUUACACUUUGGUCUUUACAGCAAACUGGAAGCAGCACUAAGCAUAAAAAGUCUUCUCGCGCAGACGAUGAUACGCAGAUAUCAGAUAUGUUAGGUGGGGCCACUAGUCAGCCUCCCGUUUCAGACAGCGGUUGGGACGAAGACUUUUUCGCCCCAAAGGUAUGGUGAGAGAAGUUUUGAUUUCAGUGUGGUGAAGGCAAAUCUUUGUUUCCAAUUUUUUCCACUUAAUCAUACAUAAUGCUGAUCAUUUUCUAACCAAGAAAUAGAAAAGCUAACCGUUUUAUUUAUUUGUUCGUUUAUUUUUAUUUUUAUCCCUUUUUCCGGACUUUUAACGGACUAAAUACCCUCGCUAGGAUUCCGUGAUGAUGCUCUGGUAAGCAAAAUUUCUCGUCACUUUUAGGUGAAAACCAAGUCAGCUGCGGGACAAAGAUCUGGAGUCCACGGCAAGAACAGACCUCCCCUGUCACAAGACACUGAAGGGAACGCGUGGGAUGACGGAGACUGGGGAUCAUUUGACGAAUCACCUCUGACCAGCACUGUGCCUGCGAAAGAAUCCCAAACUAACAAGCCCUCAGAUGGUGGAUGGGAAGAAGACGACUGGGGUAUGGAGGACUGGGGACAAGACAAACCCAGUAAAGCGGAACUUGCAAAAAAGAGAAGAGAAGAACGGCGGCAGAAACUGCAGGCUCAGAAAGAAAAACGAGCCGCCGGAGGAAAGGGACCAAUGAAACUCGGUGCAGUGAAAAUGCAGUGAAAAUCGGUCGGAAACAAAUUGGGAUGGCAGGUUGUGCAGAGUGAGGCAGAGCUAAGUCAGAUUCGAGGAAACAAGCUGAUGAAGGGAAGAUGUUCAGCAAGUGCCUCUUCGUCGACAGGCAAAAUGUGCUUUGUUUUGAAGAGAAAAAAUUGCCACUCAAUGUAUGAAUGAAGAAAAUCAGGCGAAUGAAAGGACCUGAAGAAUGGCGAAUGAAAGAACUGUCAAUUGUUAUUUGUAUUGACUAUGCAAAGAGAAGAUGCUUUGCGGAUUAAGGCUAUUGUUAACUCUGCUUUUGUAUGUCAGGGCAAUGCAUAUACGUGAUUGUUUGACCCAGAAGUGAAACUGGCGCAAUCUCACCACAUGCAUUUCACUUCCCGUCCGUCCUCUUUGUUCACUUUACCGUAUUUCUGUCAAGAGAAUCAUAAUUAUUAUCAUCUUUCAAUUGAUAUGUUGAUCUAAGGUGGCGUAUUUAGUAAUCAUGCACAGUGGUCUCUUCCAAAGCGGUGGUGUCUUCUUAGUGCUUCCCCCCUAAAAGAGUUAUUUUUCGAAAAAUGUCUGUCUUAAGAGAAAUGUUGACCUUCUUAGAGAAUUUUUAAAUAGACGGGAGAGAUGAAUGAAAAUGCAUCUUGAGAAAGAAAAGACCUUUCUCAAGAUCCUGUAGCGCUUAAAAGUUUUAAGCUCUCUUCAUACGUGAAACGAUCUCAAUGCUCUCAGUAGUUCCCAAGCGACGAGUGUCCUGAUUCUUUUGGAAACACUUUACACUUGCAUAGGAAUCACCACGGCACUGAUAAAGUUGGUCAGUAGCGAACAACUUAGCCUAGGACGAAGCUCUUGUUUGUUUUUUGCACGUUUCCGCGAGUCGCGCCAUAGCGUACAAUACGCCAACAAGAAAGAAAGCAGGCUAUUCUUUCUAAUCUACGCCGGCUCGUAACUCGCAGAAAGAAAACAAGCGAGAGAGUCCCCUCAGGCUAUGAUCAGCCAAGGUCGUGUAGGUAGGAAAAUGUAAUAAGCUCUAGUAUAGUUGAGCAUGAGUUUUUGAAAUUAUAAUUUUAAUUUCGAAAAUUUCAGUUAUGGUUUAACUAUAAAUUUCUUAUUAUAUCAUGUAGCUGAGAUCUCUUCGCUCAAAAUGUUGCUUUUUACAGAGGAAAAAUAAAUUAAUGUUCUUG